AUGGUUAAUCACAAACUACUUUUUUCUCCAAAGAUCCUGAAUUUGAAUGUAUAUGUAGUUGGUGAAGUUGGACACCCCAAGGCGAAAGUUAUUCGUAUUGUGCAUAUCUCGGAUACAAGGGGGGCACAUGAUGCCUUCACAGAAAAUAUUCCACGAGGACAUAUUCUGAUUCAUUCUGGCGAUUUUACAUCUCACCCACCUUCGCUCAGCCUCCGCUUUUCAACAUGGUGUAAGAGUAUAACUGGUAAACUUCCUCGAUUUAAAAAGCGCCAUUCGUCACCCAUUAAGAACUGGAAACAACAAAUCAAAGAGAUUGAUAAUUUUUUUGCUCAACAGCCACAUGAUUUUAAAAUCUUUGUUCCGGGUUGCUGGGAAACAUGGUAUUCGGAUUCAUCUGGUGACUGUCCUACGCCUGAAAAAAUUCAGUCUCAGCUGACAUCAGCCAUUUAUCUUGAAGACUCCUGGUGUCAGGUUUUCGGGUUGACGAUUUACGGUAUCCCUUGGACUUCAGCUGACGACUUAAGGCCAGAAGACGGAGCAUUUGUACAGAAGCAUUUAAGUCAUUAUACAAAUUUUAAACUUAAGACUUCAAUUAGCUGUCUGCGAUUUACUGAAAAAGUUAAUGGUCAAACAUCAUCCAAACCCACCACUACCGUCUCUAGCCCGUGUCAGUCUAAAGGUUUUGUGCUGCCGAAUAUUGACGAUGUUUCUAAACAAUGGAUGCAUAUUCCAGAUAAUACUGAUGUCGUUGUAACUCACAUGCCUGCAUGGCGUCCUGAACUUUACGCCCAUAUAGCCGAUCGUGUUAAACCUGUUUUACACCUAUGUGGUCAUGAUUUUGCUGGGUAUGGAGUGAUGUGGAAAAAAGGAACUCUCUUUUGUAAUGCUGCUUUACAGCUCACUUCAACAUUUCCGUCUACUGGUUUACCUAGGCGUCAUUCCAAAAAUCAGCUAAACACAAAACCCCCACUGUACACAGCGAAACCCAAUGGUCGACCCCGACCUCCAAGAUGGCAACGAGGUUUACCAAAACAACUAUCUCGUUUAUUUUCAACUAACCAAAGUUCCACUGGUUGUUCUUUUUUCCGGCGUACUCGUACACUCAGUUCUGUUGUAGUUACACCGACACAGAGUUCAAAAGCUGCAGUAGCUCAUACCAGCGCUGAUAUUGGAUUUAUAUAUGAUCCAGAUAUGCGUGCCGGGAUUGGCGCAAUGGCUGUUAACGAUCCAACAUGUAGUGGUAGUACACAUAUAGGAUAUGCUAGCUGUGGAACUGGUUUAUCUGGCAGUAAUGUAUGCUCUUCUGCAUGUCGUCGCAGUCCUAUCGUUGUAGAUGUUUAUGUUGUCAAUGAUGAUCAAAGUGUAAUCCUUCCCCAUACGCCAGUUCUCUAA